AUGUGAACGCUUUUAACAAAUCCAGUUAUAGCAAGCGUCUACACGUUGACUGUUUGGAACAGACGAAAGUCCAAAAAAUUUACUUUCUUUGCAGCGUAUGUCAUUUUAUUACCCGAAAGAUUGUUGUCAAGGAUUUGGGCAAAUGGAUUCAUCAAAGGUUGCAUUACCAGACUUUUAUAUAGAUUGGUCAGAUGUGAAUUUAUGGAUAUCCAUGGCAACUAUUGCCUUUAAUCCUACUUAUUGGAAUGUGUUAGCAAGAUGGGAGUAUAGAAACAAAGGUCUAUCUCGGAUAUUUGGUAAAUAUGUUGGAUGCUGGGUGUUAGGUGCAUCCAUAUUUGCACUUGGAAUUUUUAGAGAUAUGAGGUUCAGUGCAGCUUUAAAUACACAGCCAAGAUGGUAUACAUUACAACAAAACUGGAUUUUAUGGUUAGGAUAUACCUGUAUCACUAUAGGAACAGUAUUUGUAUUUACUAGCUUUUAUGCUUUAGGAUAUUAUGGAACUUUCUUGGGAGAUUAUUUUGGUAUACUGAUGGACAAGAAAUGUACCAGUUUUCCAUUCAACAUUAUAGACAACCCAAUGUAUUGGGGAUCUUUCUUAAACUUUUUUGGUGCAGCUCUUGUAAAAGCUAGUCAAAGUGGAAUAUUGUUGAGCUUGGUUGUGGCCGUGUGUUAUAAAAUUGCAAUAAAGUAUGAAGGACCUUUUACAACAAAAAUAUAUGCUGAAAAAGACAGAGGGGUGGAUAAAUCGGCAUAAGACACGGAUGAUGAUACACUCCAUUAUUAUAUAUACUAUGUUAUGACUGUGUUAACUUUGUUGUUAUAUCAAUUAAUAUUAGAGCUGUCAUCGAUAGAGACAAUAUCGAUGUAUCAUUGAUAUUUAUCUCUAGAUCAAUAAUCAAUAAUAUACAUUUUAGAAAAUCAAUAAUUUUGACCUAAUAAUUGAAAGUCUAGAAAUUAUAAAAAUUCACCCAAAAUAUAUUCAAAAGCAGGUGGCCAUGUCUAACACUAAGUUGUUGUUACAUAAUGGACAUUUCAUAGUAGUGAUGACAAGAAAUGGUCAGGAAAAAAGUCAUGCAAAGGACAUUUAUGAACAGGACACAACAUAUUUGUAUGAACAGUACAUGUAUUUUUAAACUAAAAUUAUCUAAAGUGAAUUAUUUACAAGUAAUUAAGAGUAUUUAUCGAUAUAUUUGUCAGCCGAUAUCGAUUUAUCAUCAAUAUGCUUUGCACUGAAUCGGUGACAGCUCUGAUUCAUAUUAAACAGUUUUAUGUUGAAUCUGUCAAGUACAGUUUUUGGUCUCAUUCAAUGAUUUUGAUCUAUUUGGGGAUAAAGUUUCAGGUUGUGAUAUGUGAAUAUAUAAAUGUGUGAUAAACAGUAUUAACAUAUUUUCUGGUGAUGGUCUGAAAACAUUGAUUAUAUCUCUGUAAAGCAAUAUGAUAAUUAUCUACACAAAUCUGUGCUAUGAUUAAAUUUAUUACAUGCUUUUUGGUGGUUUAUAGAAAUACAUCAGUGAAAUACAAAAUUGAUAUUUCACUGUUUGAAACAGUGAGAUUAUCAAUUUGAUAUUUUUGUCUGUUUUGAAUUCAAGCCCGUUACAUUUUUUUAGUGGAACACCAGCGUGCAUAGAACUGGAAACCAACUUAAUGAUGUAACGUCAUAAAUGACGUCAUGUUGUAUUAUUAUUUGCAGCGAUUUCCAUUUAGUAUUAGGUUCAAAUGUCUUUUUAAACAAUUUUUUGUAUAAAAUAAAAAGAAACUUUAUUUAGUUUAGUGUAAGAUCGAAAAAUAUUACACCUCGUGAACACCAAAAGUUUAUAUUUCACUCUUGGCUGCGUCACAUGUGAAAAAUACUUUUUUUGUGCUCAAUGAAAUUAAUUUUGAUCUAACACUGAACUAAACAAAUAUCUUCUAUGUAAACUGUGCUCCUCUUAGUUCAUGGUAAUUAACGCUUUGAAACAAAAAGGGAAACAAACAAUUUAAGUAUGGUAGAAAAAAAUGUUUAUAAGCUGUAACAUUUAGGUACUAAUUGCUGUAUGACACAAGGAAACAACAAAAUAUUCAGUCAAAAUCAGAUGUAAUGGGCCAGA